CACAGCAACUUCUGUAACUAAAGCAAAACAAUGGGACUGCAUAGUCGAUUUGUAGUAGUACUGCUUUUAUUUGGUUGGGUUUGUAAUGCUUGGUCUCCAUUGAAAAUGAGCCCAGAGGUUACUCCAUAUCCUGUGUCUGCAAAGUCAAAUGUAGAAGCAAAGACUGCAAUGGCUGCUGUCUCUAAGGCACAGACACAGUUGGGGCAAUCUGUAGCAGCUGCCAUCUCCCAGGUGCAGGCAGCGCUGGGGCAGGUGCGGCCAAUGGCGGCUACGACCCCCCUGAGCAAGUUGUCUUUUGGGUUCGUACGCCCGGUAGCAGCUUCUGUCCCCCUGGGCCAAGCACAAUUUGGGCAGAUAAAACCAGCAGCAGCCACUGGCUCCCAGGGCCAGCUACAACUUGGCCAGGUGGGGCCAGCAUUGGCCACAGUCCCCGCAGCACUGGCGACGUUGGGGCUGGUGGGGCCAGCGGUGGCCGCAGUGCCCGCACCACUGGCGACGUUGGGUCCAGCAUUGGCCACAGUCCCCGCACCACUGGCGACGUUGGGGCUGGUGGGACCAGCGGUGGCCGCAGAGCCCGCACCACUGGCGACGGUGGGACCAGCGGUGGCCGCAGUGCCCGCACCACUGGCGACGGUGGGACCAGCGGUGGCCGCAGUGCCCGCACCACUGGCGACGGUGGGGCCAGCGGUGGCCGCAGUGCCCGCACCACUGGCGACGGUGGGGCCAGCGGUGGCCGCAGUGCCCGCACCACUGGCGACGGUGGGCCCAGCGGUGGCCGCAGUGCCCGCACCACUGGCGACGGUGGGCCCAGCGGUGGCCGCAGUCCCCGCACCACUGGCGACGGUGGGGCAGGUGGGGCCAGCGGUGGCCACAGUCCCCCCGGCGCAGAUAAGUCCCAGUGCUAUCAAGGUAACAUGUAGUGAGAGCUCGGUUCUUGUGGAGAUGCAGAGAGACCAGCUAGGCAUUGGCCAGCUGAUCCAGUCUGCUGAUAUAACGUUGGGAGGCUGUGCACCAGUGGUACAGGAUGCUUCUGCUCAGGUUCUGAGGUUUGAGUCUGAGCUGCAGGAUUGUGGGAGCAAACUGAUGAUGACUGACAACUCCCUCGUCUACACCUUUACCCUGAUCUAUAUUCCUACUGGAAUUGGUGGCACGCCUAUUGUGCGCACUAAUGGUGCUGUGCUCAGUAUUGAGUGCCACUAUUUGAGGAAGCAGAAUGUGAGCAGUGACUCAUUGGUGCCAACCUGGGUUCCCUUCUCUACUACCAAGGUUGCUGAAGACAUCCUGGUCUUCUCACUUAAGCUCAUGACUGACGACUGGCAGCUUGACAGAACCUCAAAUGACUUCUCCCUGGGGGAUCUCCUCAACAUUGAAGCCUCUGUGACUGUGGCAAACCACCAUCCCCUUCGUGUGUUUGUGGACAGCUGUGUGGCCACCUCAACCCCUGAUGUGACUUCUGUCCCUAGAUAUGACUUGGUGGUAAAUCAUGGCUGCCUGAAUGAUAGCAAGCUGCCCGCCUCCAAUUCCCGCUUCCUACCCCAAAAGCAGGAUGACAAGCUGCAGAUGCAGUUGGAUGCCUUCAGGUUCUUGCAGGCCACUAGCAACUUGAUCUACAUUACCUGUCUUCUGAAAGCAACUGUAGCACCUGGGCCUACAGAUGAGACGCACAAGGCUUGUUCAUUCUCUGCUACCAGGUGGACAGCUGCAGAUGGUAAUGACCAGGUGUGUGGCUGCUGUGACACAGACUGCAUUCCCAGGAUAGCAAGAGAUCUGAUGACUCUAUGGUGGGAAAGUACAGCUAUUGUGGGCCCACUUUCUGUGGCUGAGAAGCCUCUGCUGCAUGGUGGUCAUCACCCCCCAGGAGCUGAGGUGUCUAAGGCAGAGGACCGAACUGCUCACUCUGGUGUUUCCCUGGAGGUCAUGGCUUUGGCUGGAGUGCUUGCUGCAGUUGCACUGGUGGUCAUUGGUGUUCUGGGGAUUGUGCUACGUUGGAAACGACUGUCCAACUGUUCUCAAGAAUAAAGCUCACUAACUAAUGGCUA